AUGGCCGAAGAUCUCAUCAGUUUCGACGAUGAGGUCACGAGCUCGCCAACCAGCAUGCCGAGCAUGCCGCCCAACAUCAAUCAUAGCAGAAGCACUCACAGAGAUGAAUUCUUCGAGCUCGCGAGCAUGGUGAAAGCCAAGAAGUCGUACAUUCACACAGUGCCGUCUGCAUCUCGGCUACUGCCAUCUACAUCUGGGCCACUGCCACUCACUGCAAGCCCGAACGGCCCUCGAACUGCCAACCGUAUCGUCUCUGAAAACAGCAUCUCACUUUCGUCAGCGAGGCGACCCCGUCUAUCAGAGUUAGUUACACGGUGUCUCAUGGAACUUGAGCUGACGAACCUGGAUAGCUUCUCCUUCGAACCCAUAUCAGAGCAGCCUCUAGAUAUACUAGCUCAGCACAAAGUCGUCAACGGGCACGGAAAUAGCUUUCGUCAUAGCGAAGCUAGCAUGUGGAACUUCCGCGAGCCCUCCGGCUAUCCUCCCCACAACGAGCCUUUGUUAAUCCCAGAGUUCGAGCUGCCUGUACGCAAUGGCCUCGCUGAUCCGCCGACACCGCCUCAGUCUCUCCCAGGCUCUGCAUCAGCCUUUAGGUCCGAGCAAGAGCCCAUAGUACGGAUGACAAAGCCAGCCUAUGACAACAUGUGCAAGAGUCUUGAUGACACGGUGAAAGAGAACAGGGAGCUACAGAUCAGUAUGGCAGCUCAUAAUCGUACCAUUGAGCAGUUGAGACACGAUGACCACGAGAUGAGUUCGCAGCUGGGCAAGCAUCGAUACCAGAACGAAGCGAACAAGGCGCAAAAGUCGGCUAUGGGACGGGCAUUGGGUGAGAAAGAGACGACUAUCAAGACACAGCAGCUAGAGAUCGAAGACCUGAUGAGCAAAGUAUAUGCUUUGAACGCUAAAGUGAAAGAGCUCGAGGCUAUGUCAGACGAGCGCAACUAUCUUCGCAGCGUAAUCGAAUCAUACGAGGUCAAGCAUAAAGACGCCACCAUCAAUAUAUCGUCCCUCAAGAGUCAGCACCGGCACGAUUCAAGUAAACUGGCUGCCAUCAAAGACCAAGAGCUGUCGUCAGUCGAAACAGCCUAUCAGAAUGCCCUCGUCGAACUCGAUGCUAUCAAGAACCAGCAUGAACACACUCUUGAUAACCUCUUUGCUAUGAAACAAGAGUUUGAGCGUGCCUUGAAUAAGUUGGCUGCUAAGGACCAAGAGCUGGGAAGCUUCAAGGAGGAGCAUGAACGUGCGCUCGAACAUGCGAGUGCGGCUAAGGACCGAGAUUGGCAGAAAUUCGAACAAGGUCGUCAGCGGGAGCUCAGCAACCUGGCCGCUUCCAAAGACCGCGAGCUCGAGGAAGCCGAGGAAACCGUCAGGAAACUCCGGAUAACCAACAGCGAGCUCUCUCAGAAGAUUCUCGAAGUGUCUCAUGCUCAAGUCAUCACUGAAGAUCAGAUGGCUCGUGCACAUAAGCAGGCAGGCAGUGAGGUCAAACAGGAGAAGGUCAUACGAGACUUGCGGCAUGAGCUGAUGGAAACAAAUCUCAAAGUUGUCAAGUUAGAGGAUCAGAAUGAGGUGCUCAGGGAGAAGACGAAGCAGACAGACAUCAAUGGUCUCCAGGCCAAACUGCGCGAGAAGACCAGUGAAUGCGAUCGCCACCGUAACCUUGCCAAGAUCGCAGAGGCACGAUUCAAGCAGAGCCAGGAGCGGCUUCUUCACAUCACGAGCAACGGUUUAUCUCUACAAGGUGCCGUACACCUCGUCAAACCGCGCGCAGAUUCAAAGCUCCCUAGGACAGUUCAUUCGUGUACCGAGUGCUACGGCAAGAACCUAGAGUGCGAUGAGAACACUACAUGUCACAACUGCGCUGACAGUAACUCUCCAUGUCUGCGAUGGAGGUGUUCUCUCAAGCACAAGCUCGGCGACUGUCCCCUCACCCCUUGCAAGCUCCCACACGACUCCCAGGGAUGGCUUAUGCUACCCAAGGACAGACCUCAGUGGUAG